AUGUCAGACGAACAGCAGCUCGAAGCUUCAGAUGCCGUUGGAGUUGCAUCGCCUCAGGGAGUACCGACCUCACUUGUCCCCGCGGCCGGGCCCUCAUCUGCAAAUAGCUCUAUUACCGCAAAUUACGAAUCUUCAACGGCGACUGGACCUUAUACGAGUGCAAAGUCAUUGACUUCCCCUCCUUUCACGCUGGCAUCAAAUUCCUCGUCCUCUCUGAUUGAAAGCACACCGACGACAAGAUAUGGAAACUCGACUCAGCCUUCCUCUCGUCCUUUCAAUCUCACAUCAACUCCCAGGUUUUCAUCUACACCGUCGACAAGCAGCCCGCUGUCUGUCACCUCUAGGACCACAACCACUACUUCGACCUCCAGCUGUGCCACAGGAGAAGAUGGCAGUACCUCGUGUGGGGGCGGUCCUUCUUCCACAACCAAGAUCGCAAUUGCCGUCCCGGUCAGCGUGGUAGGAGUCUUGAUUCUAGCGGCCCUGGGGUUCUUCUUCCUUCGUCGUCGUAGACGCCGUUCCGACAGGUCAAGCUACGACAGUUCCAACCCUGGAAGUCCGCGUGCCUCCAAUGCGAUUCUCAUGUCCGCCCAUCCCAAAGGCACGAUCUCUUCUCCCGAUGCCAACCUAGCAGCGCCCGUGCGUCGGAAGCCCGUCCCCAUGGCCAUGGACCAUUCCGUUCAUGAUCUCUCCGUGGCAUCAACCCAUGCUCCAUCGGAACCUGACGCACGAAAUGAAGAUGGCGUCCCACGCGCGAUACCCAUGAGUCAGAGGUUCAGUGCAACGGAGUAUGAUCCGCACCAUUCGACACGGCCGCUUUCCUCAAUGAAUCCUGGUGCUCUUUCGGACAGAAAUGGCACCGAGGCGGCUGCCACCACGCACCUGUCCUCUGGGCGAGACAGUAGGGAUAUUGAUGAUGAUGUGUCGGAGAUGUCAGUGCAGCUUGGUCAAGCGUCUUAUCACGAAAGAGAUUUUGAUGACGUGUCUUCUGUAUCAUCGAUGGAAGGUGACCAUCCGCAUGAAAGUCGGGUUCGGGCGCCAAGAAGAUAG